CACUCUCUCUCUCUUCUUUCUCUCUCUUCUCUCUUCUCUCCCGUUCGUUCAGAAGACGAGAGACUCUUCAGAUAUGGUGAAGCUUGCGACGGCGCGGGAGAUUAGGACAUACGGUCCUCGGCUGGGGAGACAACGUGCGGAGUACAUCAACGCCGGGCUCUAUGUUUUCUCCACCGUCGUUCUCAUCGGAGGCUUCAUCGCCGCCGGAUUCUCGUUGGAGCCAAGAUCCGGCCUCGUCCUUAUUCUCUUCGCUCUCGCUAUCAUCUCGGUGGUGAACGCCCAUGAUCUCUUCGCUCAUCUCGCCGGAAUCGAUUACCGGCUAAGGUUGAUGGAGUAUGAUCUGCAACUUGCUCUCGUGGAGUUUGCCGUUCCUCUGUUUCACAUUGCCGGUUCCAUUGUUUUCUUCUUGGGGAUCUUCUUCGUUUUCUAUCAGGCAGAGACAAAACGCGGCGAUGGACAGGAGAAGCACGCGCUGAACAUGCUUAUAGCUGGCCCCGUAUUGUGGAUGAUAGGUUCGGUCCACAACUCGUGCCAAAUCUACGAGAGAGCCGAUGGGCAUGUCCAGAUUCUGCAGCAGUGUGUUCAUAUCCCUUUCUUGGUUGGAUCUGUCCUGUUUCUUGUCGCUGCCAUUCUCAACACCCGCGAGCAAUCCGCCUCGCACCACCGUGGAUUGAAGUUGCUCGGGAAGACAUGGGUGUGGCUUGGCAUGUCGGGAGGCAUAUGUUUCUUCCUCGGAGGGUUGAUGAACGUCAUUAAGGUUUUCAACUUCGUACAGAUCAUCGGACUCCGGCUCGAGAAGCUAAGGGGCGGAGCACAAGACCGUCUUCUCGAAGAAAGAGAAGGCUACCAUCCUCUCGUCGUCGAAGAAGAAAGGAUAAGAAAGAUGGAAGAAGAAACCAAAGCGGCUCCUUUGGCAGCAUCCACGUCUGCUGCUGCCGCCCCACGGACGGGGACAAAUUCGUACAAGGAUGUUCUUGUCGGACAGAGCUGAGAGAGUGAAAAGGUUGAGUCUUUGACCACACGCAAUUUCAUAUGUUUAUUAGUCAUACGUGCUUUUCUGUACUUUGAUAUUUCAUUUUAUAUCAUCAUCACAUUCACAUGUCUGAGACCGACGAUUUGGAGGUGCAUAUCCCGUUCGAUUUCAA